UACUUCCGGUGCCAGGGUGAUUGCCCGAUGGAAAUACUUCUGGGUCACACAGAAGUUUAUUAUUUGCAUAGAGAGCUUGUUUCCCUGGGGUGCCCUCUUGCGACACCCCGUGAUUCCUGUAGGGCUGCCCUGCCAGACUACAUUUCCCAGCAUGCCCUGCUGGCUUCCCACAGGGUGGAGAUAUUGGGGACUGCUGCCAUCUAGCGUGCUGGGGGAAUAACAGUUCUCUAGCGAUCUCUCUGCUUCUAUAGGGGCUGUCUGUCCACUUCUUCCUUCCGGGUCUACUUACUUUCCUGGCCGGGAUUUCCAUCUACCCCGUGUGGCAUCUACAAUGGUCUCACGUUUGUUGUUUUUUACAUCUUCAUUUUUGGCCCAUCAGACAAGCCAUAUUUAGGUUAAAAUGCACACGUGGGGUUUUGGGACAUUUGAUUGGCUAGCUUGUCCUGAUAAUGAAUGACUCUGAUCAGAGUGGUUGAUCUUUAAAGUAUCUCCACACUCCUCCUUUUCUCAAGCGGUAAACUAAUUCUGUAAUGCCUACUCCAAUGGCAUCCAUCCAUUCGCAGGUCAUAAGUGAGUUAAAUCAGGUUCUGAGCCAUUUGUGCUUAUUUUCCAUUUCCCAGUACAUAAACUAAUUGAAAAAGAAACCAACUGGAACAAACACAUAAAAUACUAAUACCAAUAGAAAGGAAGCUUGCAAUGCCUGUAUUUAGAGUCCUUUUAAUUCAGUUCAUCCUCACCCAUUUCAGCACAAUAAUUCAAAUCUAAUAUAAAACAAUUUGCAGUUAAAAAAAAUUGAAGUUUUUUUCACACCAGAACAACCAUGGUGGUGUAGUUCAGUCAAUGUGCAAGUGUUUGGAUUAAUUCUCAAAUGAUACCUGGUAAUUCUCUUCUGUUGUACAUUUUUGUUUUUUCGCUGAGUCAGAUUUUUAGGGUCUCAUUUCAGUUAAGACACGGUGACAUUUUUUCCAUGAACCUUUACCUAUUUUCUGAGUUCUUUCUUUGGAUUUUUGAAUCUGUCAACUUUCUUUCAUCCAAGGAGAAUACAGACUCAAUGUAUUGUAACUGGAGAGUUUGUGAUGUGGAGUGGACAGAGUAUAAGUUAAAUUUGACCAACUGUUACUCGGACUUUACCUUAACUUGACAACAGAGGCUUACAAACAAAAUAAUCAAGUUUGAAAACUGGAGCGGCAUAGGACAAAGUGGCCAUUGACCACUCUGCAAGGCAUUAGUGGCACACCAGGCCUGUAAGGCAGCAGAUUUAGCAAAUAUCCAGCUUUGCCUUCCUUCAAUUGCAUUCCAAACCUGUACCAGGAUCUGCCUGGACAUCAACUGAAAACUAAGGUGUAAAUCAGAAUUAACCUGACAUCCCUCCAGUGGCCCCUCUGCAGACCUCUUGAGCCAGAAGGCACAACAUGGACUCAAGCAAAAACAAAGAGCUACAAAUCAAGGAAGGUUAACUUUGAUGGAGAGAAGAACUCACCUAUGAGGACACUCUGAUUUAACUGGAAGCGACUUUUUAUCCAAUUGGGAGAAGUUACACAUUCCAUUAAAACUUUUUACAUUCCAUCUUAUCUGUGAAAAUUCUCUGGACCCUCUUACUGAACUUCAUGGAGACUCCCUGGUGGCAGAAAAAAAUCUGCAAAAUGACCUUCUGAAACUUCUCUCUGAAACUAAAAGCUGAUGAGCUGCUCUCUGUUCGGGUAGCAGAGGACUGACAAGCUCUUUCAAUCAGACGUCGACAAUCUCUGUCCCAAGCCAAGCUUUGGGACAGUAGUCUGAAAAAGGUGAGAAACAGCCAUCACUUCAAGAAGGGAAGUUUAGGUUAUAAACUCUUGGGCCAGAAAGAGUAACAUAUUUACCUAUGAAGAUGAAGAUGACACAACAAAGGGCCUGACUGAGGAAAGCCAUUCACACCACAAACAAAGGAGCAGGCAGCAAAGAGAAAGAGUGCACACCAACGCAAGAAGAAAUCAACACUAAAAUUUGGAGCAGCAACAAAGCAACAACACCACACGACAUCGGGCAUCAACUUUGGAGACUUGAUUUUUAAAAAUCUUCUUAAAAGACAAAUGAGAGGAAGUAGUAGAAUGUGAGCAAUUCAGGAAGUUCUCAGACUGCCAUAAAAAGGCAAGCAUCUCAGUUCUCACACUCACACAUUGAGCCUCAACACCUGGCGAUGGACUUCACUUCAACACGCAUAACUGUGGCUUGAAGACUCCAAUCAGGGGAGCCUGGGGCUGCUUGUCCAAGGGGUAUGCUGUGGACCCCCACCCACUUUAAUUGGAUAUUAUUUUAAUUACCAAUUUUACAAUGGACUUGACGAACAACGUUUUUGAUGGCACAGUUACGACUCCAUUAAACAUCACCCAAUGCCAGCCCCAGAAUCUUAAUGUUGUUCUCCCCAGCCUUCUUGCCAUUUUCUUCAUAGUCGGUUUCAUCCUGAACUGUUUGAGUCUCUGGAUAUUUUGGUUCCAGAUCAAGAAAUGGAACUCCGGGAUGGUCCUGCAGUUCAACCUGGCCGUGGCUGACGCCAUCAUCACACCAGCUGCGCCCCUCAUCGUACUGUACUCCCUGUCGAACGACUGGGUUUAUGGACAGUUUCUCUGCCAAAUGAAAGUCUACCUUCUCAGCGUCCACAUGUAUGGGAGUAUAAGCUUCCUCACUGUCAUCAGCAUUCACAGGUACAUGACUGUCGUCCAUGGAACCAAGAAUCCACGUUUUGCAGAAGUGGCCUUUGUCAAAAAGCUCUGCUUGUUUGUUUGGGUCUUCCUCAUUCUUCAAGGUCUUCCAUUUUUUGUGAUCUUGAAGACUUCUUAUAUAAACAACUCCACUAAAUGCCUCAGCAUUCACCAGAAUGACAUGGCCGAACUCUAUUUUGUGUACAAUGUCAUGGUGCUGAUUGUCGGCUUGAUGGUGCCCUUCUGUGUAUGCGUCAUAUGCUACAGCCUGCUCAGCUCAUUCAUCUCCAAGAUAAACACUUGUAAUGUAAAAGGAGAGGUGAUGAAAGCCAAGUCCACCCAAAUGAUUGCCGUUUCGCUGUUCAUCUUUACCAUCUGCUACAUCCCGAUUCACAUCACCAGAACAAUGGGAGUCACCGUGAAACUCUUCUUUCCUUUUCACUGUACCUUACUGGAAAAGACUGAAAUUGCUUAUUACAUCACAUACACCUUAUCAGGAGCCAACUGUUGCUUGGAUCCUAUUCUCUACUGCUUUGCCUCAAAAAAAUUCAAAACAUCAUUUAACAGUUACUUCAGCAACUUAAAAGUGUCCUGCCCUGGAUGUGACUCCAUGUCACGAAAGAAGGAUGAGCUGCCAACACCUUCCUUUAAUAUGACCGAGUCGUCCCAGGUGAUAUAAGCUUCUGCAGUGGACACGAUUCUCAGACUCUGAAUUGAUGUGACACAUGGUGACUUGGACUUGAUAGAUGACCACAAUGGACUCCACAGACUGAGACCUGAACCUGGCAGACUGUGACUCAGAUUUAACAAUCUGGGAUGGGAUGUGACAGGUAGCCACUUGGGCUCAACUCUUUGUGACUUGGACUGUGUAGACGGUGAUUCAGAGAGCAUUAGGAGUGCAUUACAGUAAUCUAGUUGACUAAAAACAAAAGCAUUAACUAAUUUUUCAGGAUCUUGCAGAGUUAUAAGGUGUGACAGACAGGGGGCAUUAUUGUCCCCUUGAACCCUCAGACCACACGUCAGACUCCAGAUAAGUCUGGAUUCUUAACCCUCCACUCCCAGACGCUUCAUCACCCCUCCUCCCAACUCAGCUCAUCUGCUGGGGUCUUCCACAGUCCUUUUAAAGUUCAUGACCCAGAAGUGCUUCUCUCUCUUUCAGUCCAUGCGAUUUCCCAGCACUUCCGCAUCAGAUGAAAACUCCUUUUCUUCAGCCCGGAAGUACGUCAUUCUUUCCGUCCCCGUGACUGGGAAGAACUUCCGGGUUCUUCCCAGAACUGUAGCUGUGGUAGCUCAUGUUAUGCCUUGAGAUAAAAUGACCUAAUGGAAGCAUGGAGAUCGAAAAGAGCAGCGAACCUCGGAGAGAUCUUUGUGGAACAUCAUAUUGAAUAUCAUGCGUCUUCGAAGAAUAUUUACCAAAAAAAAAUUUCUAACUGUUAAGUAAGACUCAAACCAAUUUUAGACACUGCCAGAGUGACCCACACACUGACUAAGGGGAUUUAUAAGAGUCCUGUGAUCAGUGGUAUCAAAUACGGCACUCAGAUCUAACAGAUAAGCGGCCUCUACCCGCAUUAACGCACAAGUCAUUUAUUACUUUAAUAACUGCAGUUUCUGCACUGUUAUUUGUUCUAAAAUCUGACUGAAUGUUUAUUCAAGUGAUCAUUUAGCCACAUAAUGACUACCUUUUCUGCAAAUGCACUUAAGAAAGGCAUAUUAGAAAACUGUCAAAAACAGAAGAGUCCAGAUAAUACAUGAAGUUACAGGUUCAACAGAUGAGAGAGCUGUUGAUGGGCUCAUAUAUUACUAUGUAACUUGAGCUGGAAAUAUGAUUUUUGAUUGAAAUUGCAUUUUUGAAAAAUGAUCUCUUCAUGCAUGAAAUACAACAGAUUUGUGUUUCAAAUUCUUUACAAUCUAUUGAAUGUUCUCAAAUAGUCUUGUGCAUAACAGCUUGGAACACUGCAUUUUAAGUUGUUUUGAAAAUAUUAAAAAUAUGCUGUUGCCAUCAUUAGUAGUUUGCUUGUAAUAAAAUCCACAUUAUAUAAUUGUUGGGGAUAAAAAAUCUUUGAUUGUAUUGACUGUUUAAGAAUAAUGAACAUAAGCAGCAUGUGCAUAAUUACUUGGGACAUGCUGUAAGCGUCUUGAGCAUGGAAAAGGCACUAUAUAAAUCAUCUUCUUUCGGCUGCUCCCAUUUGGAGUUGCCACAGUGAAUCAUC